UCCGCCACGGCACCGCGGAGCCGCCAGGAUGAGCGCCUCCCGCCGCCCCGCGUCCCGGGCCUUCUGACAGAGGUGUGAGAGGAUUGCUGUUAUAUUACAAUCAUGGUGCAAAAAUACCAGUCCCCGGUGAGGGUGUAUAAACACCCCUUUGAAUUAAUUAUGGCUGCCUAUGAAAGGAGGUUCCCUACGUGUCCUUUGAUUCCGAUGUUUGUGGACAGUGACACUGUGAAUGAAUUCAGGAGUGAGGAUGGGGCUGUUCACGUUAUAGAAAGACGCUGCAAACUGGACAUAGAUGCACCGAGGCUGCUGAAAAAGAUUGCAGGAGUCGACUAUGUUUAUUUCAUCCAGAAAAACUCACUGAAUUCUCGGGAACGUACUUUGCACAUUGAGGCCCAUAAUGAGACGUUUGCGAAUCGGGUCAUCAUCAAGGAGCACUGCUGCUACACCGUUCACCCUGAAAAUGAAGAUUGGACCUGUUUUGAACAGUCUGCAAGUUUAGAUAUUAAAUCUUUCUUUGGUUUUGAAAGUACGGUAGAGAAAAUCGCAAUGAAACAAUAUACCAGCAACAUUAAAAAAGGAAAAGAAAUCAUAGAAUACUACCUUCAUCAGUUAGAAGAAGAGGGCAUCACCUUUGUGCCCCGCUGGGCCCCGCCCUCCCUCGUGCCCUCCGCAGAGCGGUCCGAGUCCUGCCGGAAGCGAGCAGCGUCGCUGGCUGUUGUGGUCCCAGAAGCUGCGCAGAAGGAAGGGCUGAGCAGCGAGCCCCUCAGCAACCCGAGUGGGGCCUCUGAGCCCGCCGGGGGAGCCCCCGACGACAAACUGGAUGCAGACUACAUCAAGAGAUACCUGGGCGACCUGACCCCGCUGCAGGAGAGCUGUCUGAUCCGCCUGCGCCAGUGGCUCCAGGAGACCCACAAGGGCAAAAUCCCCAAAGAUGAGCAUAUUCUCCGGUUCUUACGUGCCCGGGACUUCAAUAUUGACAAAGCCAGGGAGAUCAUGUGCCAGUCUCUGACCUGGCGGAAGCAGCACCAGGUGGACUACAUCCUCGACACCUGGAACCCACCCCAGGUCCUCCAGGACUACUAUGCAGGAGGCUGGCACCAUCAUGACAAAGAUGGGCGGCCCCUCUACGUGCUCCGGCUGGGGCAGAUGGACACCAAAGGCCUGGUGAGAGCCCUCGGGGAGGAGGCCCUGCUGAGAUACGUGCUGUCCAUCAACGAGGAGGGGCUCAGACGGUGCGAAGAGAACACAAAAGUCUUCGGCCGGCCCAUCAGUUCCUGGACCUGCCUGGUGGACCUGGAGGGCCUGAACAUGCGCCACCUGUGGAGACCCGGCGUCAAGGCCCUGCUGCGCAUCAUCGAGGUGGUGGAGGCCAACUAUCCUGAGACGCUGGGCCGCCUGCUGAUCCUGCGGGCCCCCCGGGUGUUUCCUGUGCUCUGGACACUGGUCAGUCCGUUCAUCGAUGACAACACCAGGAGGAAGUUCCUCAUCUACGCGGGGAACGACUACCAGGGCCCCGGCGGCCUGCUGGACUACAUCGACAAGGAGGUCAUCCCCGACUUCCUGGGCGGCGAGUGCAUGUGUGAAGUGCCGGAGGGCGGGCUGGUGCCCAAGUCUCUGUACCGGACUGCGGAGGAGCUGGAAAACGAAGACCUCAGGCUCUGCACCGAAACCAUCUACCAGUCCGCCAGCGUUUUCAAAGGAGCCCCCCACGAGAUUCUCGUUCAGAUUGUGGACGCCUCUUCGGUGAUCACUUGGGACUUUGAUGUGUGCAAAGGGGACAUUGUCUUCAACAUCUAUCACUCCAAGAGGUCGCCACAGCCUCCCAAGAAGGACACGCUGGGGGCGCACAGCAUCACCUCUCCAGGGGGCAACAACGUGCAGCUCAUAGACAGGCUCUGGCAGCUGGGCCGGGACUACAGCAUGGUGGAGUCGCCCCUGAUCUGCAAGGAAGGAGAGAGCGUGCAGGGCUCCCACGUGACGAGGUGGCCGGGCUUCUACAUCCUGCAGUGGAGAUUCCACAGCAUGCCAGCGUGUGCCGCCACCAACCUGCCCCGGGUGGACGACGUGCUGGCCUCCCUGCAGGUCUCCUCUCACAAGUGCAAAGUGAUGUACUACACCGAAGUGAUCGGGUCCGAGGAUUUCAGAGGUUCUAUGACCAGCCUGGAGUCCAGCCACAGCGGGUUCUCCCAGCUGAGCGCUGCCACCACGUCCUCCAGCCAGUCCCACUCCAGCUCCAUGGUUUCCAGAUGGCGAUUUUGCUGACAGCUGCCGAGAGCCCUUCCGUCCACUGCACACCAGCCAGGGAAGUUGUAGGACUGUCUGAAUCACAGCCAUUCCCCUCCCCCAGCCCGGAGACCUGUUCUUUCUAGUGACUGAGAAGCGGCAGGGCCGCACCCCAGAGUGGAGCGCGCCUGUGGGCGUCCAGAGUGCAGGGCCGCUCGCCAAGGACCCUGCGCUCUGGGAGCCGCGGGCGUGCCUGGGCCCCGCGGCGCCCCUCCUGGGCUGCCCUGCGGGCCUUCUGCCUUCCCGGCACUGAGGAUUCUUUCCGUUCCCUCCACGACUAGUGUCUUACUCACUCUUCUCCCGAAAUGCGUUAUUUACAUAUCGGAUUCUGUGUUUUGUAAACAUAUUACCGCACUCUUGGUAAUACAAUGCUGAUAGUCUUUACAAGAUUUUUUUAUUGUUAUCAAUAAUAAAUGUGAACUGUUUAAAGAAAAAAGUCUUUGUCUUAAUGUGAUGUGUCCCUGGAAGGGUUUGUUCGUGAGUGGAGGUGAAGCAGGAGGGUCCCCGGAGCCUGCGUGUAGGUGUUCCGGGGUUCCAGGCUCCAGGCGGCUGCCGGGGGCGGAGCCCGGUGUUCGCGGUCCCUGUUCCAGGAGACACGCGGUCGUUUCCUUGAACUCUGACGAUCGGAGUCAAACACGAGUC